AUGGAUCAAUUCGGAUUCGACCAACCAAUUCCUUACUGUCCAGUCUGUAAUCAACCAUGGGAUGAAGCUACCAACAAGGAAGCGCAUGUCUCGGCCUGUCUUGGUGAAGAUCACAUACCACCAUUCCCUGCAGCACCCCAUAACGCCUCAGACACAAGUGAUGAAAUAGAAAUCUUACCGUCUUCUACUACAACAAAACCUAAACAGAACCCCAGCAUUAAGCCUACCAGUAAAUCUCAAGUCAAUGGAGUAGCAAACUUACUUAUCCAUAUCGAAAAACUAUUAGUCCAAUCGAUUAGCGACGGUCGAAUUCGCUCUGCCGUUGUCUGCAAUCCCGACGUCCUAUAUAUCCGGACUUCUUCAUCACUCACUGAUCGUGGAGCAAGCGAUUUGACAUGGGGAUGUGGUUAUCGAAAUAUUCAGAUGCUCUUUUCUGCCGUCAGACACCUUGAAGCCUACCGACAAGCCUUGACCUCUCAUCCUGAGCUCAAUUCUCAAUCUCCUCUUCAAGCUGAACUAUCUAACAAACGCCCAUCAACGAGUCAUAAUGUGGGAGACCCAAUUGAGAUACCUAGUAUCCAAAGCUGGCAGAGAAUCAUCGAAGAAGCCUGGAAGAAAGGUUUUGAUACACCUGGCGCUGACAGUUUCUCUCACAAGCUAGUUGGAAAAAAGAAAUGGAUUGGUACUACUGAAGCUUAUGUGGCCUUUACAAGUUUACGAAUACGUGCCCGAGUCAUCGAUUUUCCAAAUCCCACCGGACCCAAGGGUACUCAUCUUGGAUUGACUAAUUGGGUCCGCGGUGCACAUCAAUCCCUCCAGUCAUCAUAUUUCAAUGGAACCUCUGUUUCCUCGAACACUCCAGCCAAUGGAUCCGCAUCAGGUCAUGUGAGCUCUAUCAUAAACACUGAUAAGAUGCCCCUCUACCUUCAACACGCCGGCCAUAGUCGUACCAUUGUGGGUUUUGAGACCGAUACACAAGGCAAUGAAAACCUAUUGAUCUUUGAUCCUGCAAAGGCAGUACCGACGGCACUAAAAUCGCUUUGCGGAUUUAUGACCUCUCGGUCGAAUCUAUUCUCAUUGAAGCGACUAAAGUCUAGCAAUGAUUCAUCACAAAAUCCUGAACCUAUCCUUGAUCUCUCACAGCAUAGUAAACUUUUGGCUCCAUUCAGGGUGUCUAUCAAAUCUCUCAGUAGACGUGAUCAAUAUCAGAUCUUGUGUGUCGAUAAUGGACCCUUGCUCAGUCCAUCGGAGCUUGAGUCUCGUAAGGUUAUUGUCUCCACUCGUAUAGAGUGA